CAUCAGCAUGACGCCAUAGUCAAAACAACGAAACAUGAUGCUAGCGUCUCGCACACGCGAAUAAAAUGUCUGGUUUAUAACGAUCGCCAGUGCACACGUCAGAUAUUUCUCAUUUUAAUGUCAUGAUUGUGUCGGACUAUGAGUUUGGCAGCGUUUAAAUCGGGAUACAGGAUGAAAAACUGAUCACAACUGCAACAGUGUCGCUACCGGUUUGCUAACGACAGUCGUCAGUACAACAGUCAAACCCGGCACGCUGUGAGAGGUUUGCUCGAGGCAGGUAUCUGGGUCCCCGGGAGAGGCCGGUGCUCACCGAAGAGACGGGGAACAGGAUUGGUAAGCAGGGGGGAGCGGCCACCGCAGAACCCGUUGAGAAGAUGGCGAGCAGCCCGGAGAAAAGCUCCUCGGCACAGGAGCUCAAGGAGCAGGGCAACCGUCUGUUCCUCAGCCGCAAAUACCAGGAGGCCGCAACCUGCUACAGCAAAGCCAUUAAUCGGAAUCCCUCAGUGGCCGUGUAUUACACUAACAGAGCACUAUGCUACGUGAAGCUACAGCAACAUGACAAGGCAUUGGCCGAUUGUAAACAUGCCCUCGAGCUUGACAGCCAAUCAGUGAAGGCGCACUUUUUCCUGGGUCAAUGUCAGCUUGAGAUGGAGAAUUAUGAAGAGGCCAUUGGCAACCUACAGAGAGCCUACAACUUGGCGAAGGAACAGCGUCUGAAUUUUGGCGAUGAUAUCCCAAGUGCUCUUCGCAUUGCCAAGAAAAAACGCUGGAACAGCAUAGAAGAGAAGCGAAUCAACCAAGAAAACGACCUGCACGCUUAUCUCAGCAAACUCAUCCUCGCUGAGAAAGAGAGAGAGAUGGAGGACUCCAGAUUUAAACAAUCAGAGGACAGUCAGAACGGAAGUGAGAUUAGCAAGAUCAAAUCCAAACACGAUAAAUAUUUGAUGGACAUGGAUGAGCUCUUCUCUCAAGUAGAUGAAAAGAGGAAGAAGCGAGAGAUCCCAGACUACUUGUGUGGAAAGAUCAGUUUUGAGCUCAUGAGAGAACCCUGUAUUACGCCUAGCGGCAUAACCUACGACCGCAAGGACAUAGAGGAGCAUCUACAGCGUGUCGGUCAUUUUGACCCGGUCACCCGCAGCCCACUGACACAAGAUCAGCUGAUUCCCAAUCUGGCCAUGAAGGAAGUGAUCGAUGCUUUCAUCCAGGAGAAUGGCUGGGUGGAAGACUACUAAACACACACACAAACACAAACACACACACACACACACACACUCGAGCGGACUGCAGCAGAGUUCCCCAAUACACAGAAUGAAUAAAUUCCUCCUGUAUGUUCAUGCACUUUAAUCUAUGGAGCUUUGCCGUAGAAUAUUGUACCUAUAGAGGCCAUCGGCCUCAGGUCACCUCGCCCUCCGUCUGUCGGUCUCUCUUUCAGACUCUUUUGGAUCAUCGCUGGUCUCUCGGUUGUGAUUAAACUGGGGAUGAUAUGAAUUAUUUUACCCAUGCUCUCUCAUCGUGCCUUAAAGGGAAAGUUCACCCAAAAAUGCAUAUUUUGUCAUAUUUACUCGCCCUCAUGUCGUACCAGCCCUUUGUAUUAUUUACUAUUUGCAAGAAAGUCUUUGACAGAAUGUCUGAGUUUCUGUUUGUCAUUUAAGGAAAGUUGAUUAAUGUUGAUUAAUUCUGCCAAGCUCCAAAAAUAACACAGUGACGUCAUAGAAAUGCCAUAUGACUUGUACGCUAUAGUCAUACACUAGCUUUGUGUGGGGAACAGACCGAAAUUUAAGUCAUUAAUCAAUCUCGCCUUUCGAUGUUGGUACUGCAGAAUUUGCUUUUGGCAUCAGUGAUGUCAGACCUGGUGUGAUGCGUUCUAAGGCGCCAUUGUUGUAUCAAAAACAAAUGCAAAUGAGAUUUGAGAGCAACGGUGUAAAGGAAGAUUUUCAGUGAAAAACUAUUAAAAUAUCAGUCUGGUUUUCACAUAAAGCUAUCGUAUUGCUUCAGAAGACUUGAAAUAUAGUGUACACGUCGUAUGAAUUACUUUUGUGAUCACUUUUAUGAUGUUUUUUAGCGCUUAGCAGUUUAAAUCCACUUUCCUUAUGCAAAUAAAUAUGCAAGUAUUAUGGAAAAGAGCAGCUCGGACAAUAUGCUAAGUAUCUCCUUUUGUGUUUAACGGAGGUAAGAAAAUAAUACAACAUGACGGUGAGUAAAUGGUGAUAGAAUUUUCAUUUUUGGAUGGACUUUCCCUUUAACAGACAUGUCCAAUUAUCCCUUUACACAGAUUUUUGUUCAGAUGUUUGACACUUUAAUUUUUCAGAUUCUAGAACAUUGGCUAAUGUUUGCUGUCACUGGGUUAAACAGUAAAGCAGUUGAAUAAUUCUACUGUUUAAAGCAAAAGACAAUGCUGUAAUUUCAUUACUGAAUGUGAAAUUAUAAACAUCAUUAAUGAGACACUCAUUAAGAAGAGGAAACGUUGUUGUUA